AUGACCCCUGUGUUUACUGGAGAAUGGAAGGCCGGUGUUGUAAAACACCACAAGGCCCUGGUCUCAUCCUGUGUUCAUUCACCCAUCCUAAAGAAACCUACCCAUCCUAAAGGAAACCUACCCACAUCCAGACUCAGAGGGAUCUGGCAUCGUCAUUACAUUCCAUCCCAGCGCAUCUAUUACGAGGAUAACACGCAGGUCUUGGAAAACUUCAGGGGACGCACGCGGUUGUUGGGACAUCUAGGUCAGAAAAACGGCACCUUAGAAAUUAAGAAGAUAAAGGAUCAUGACAACGGCCCUUUCUGUUUCCGGAUCGAAUUAGCAGAAAUAGAGACUGAUACAUCCACCACUGACAAGUUCUCCUUUGUGGAGGAUUGUGUCGCGUUCAAAAUGCUCCCUGAUCCUCCGAAACCUAAACUGAAUUACCCAAAGACGGCCAUUCAAGGACGUCCCUACACUAUCACCUGUUCAGUCACCCACUCCUGCCCCUCCUAUAACCCUGAACUCACAUGGAGUAAGGGCACCGCAGAUGAGGUGAUUGAGGUCCACAAAGACAUUGGAUCUGGCUACUGGGAGGCCGAGUCCAUCCUGACCAUCAUUCCUGAGGAGAAGGACGACCACACUGAGAUCACCUGCACAGCAACAUUUAAGGGACCGAGGACGUCCUCUGGGAAAUUGACACUCUAUGUAAAACGAGCAGAAUCUAAAGGUGAGAAGUGA